AUGAUCCUCGAUGCCGCCCGCAUCAUCUCGUCGAUCUUUGACUGCCUUCGACAUAUCUGCUGCUGCCGGGCCGAUGCCCCGGGAGGGCGAGAAGCCUUCCGGCCCCGACUCCCCCUCUUGCUGCUCUACGCGUCUCCGAGCACUUCUGGCCUGCAAGCUAGGAUUAUAAAUACGCAGCCAUGGGGCAUGCACGAGUGCCCCGAUACAUGGACGGAGAAUGGUGUGCAAUCCACCUUUGACAUCGCCUUCUCAUCGACCUCUUCGCUCACGGGAACCACGGACGUGUGCGGCUGGGGCUGGCGCUUCGCCUGGGAUUGCUCCAAUGGACCAGUCACCGUCUACUUCGACCCGCACCUGAUAGCAAAUGCCAAGUACGGGCGGGUAUCGUGCACUCUGUCUACCACGGGCCUGGUGGCAGAGAUAGACGACAUGAACACCUUUUCUGUCAAGCUACCGCUUCCCUCCGCCGAGCUACCUCCACAUACGGCCAAAUGGCCCAUCGGCAGAUGGUCCCGUGUCAAGAUACUAGUCCGGAAAAGCAAGUCGUCCAAGUCCGAGCGCCAAUACCUAACGUCCCCUCCUGCUGUCUUAACCAUCACCGUUACCUUCACGCGCGCACACGGCUUUGCUCCUCCCCAACCGCUCACCAUCCGGACCCGCCUCCCAUCCUCUGAAGAGCCACUCCCCACACGCAUUCGCGCUUGCCUCGCCGACACAAUCCACGGCGGAGAACUUAUCGACGUCAAAUUCUGGCUUUACUCCCGCGUCGCGACUGGAUACGUGUAUCAUCCGCGCCCGCUCUAUGGGAACCUCAAGCUUUUGCGCGCAACGUCAAAGCAGUUCGACCAAGAUCUCGACGACUUGCUGAGUGGUUUCGCGGAAUCAGGCCAGACGGACAUCGCCACGGACAAGCCGCCCCAGGCCGCGUUCGAGGAGUACGACUACGUGUCUGACAGCGACAUGGACGACGAUGAGGAGAUUGGCGGAGAUAUGAUUGUCGACGAAGAAGGCCCCAAAAUUCCAGAGCCAGAGUCUGUGGCAGGUUCCAGCACACAGAUAAUGCAGUCCCAGGCUGAAACUGACUCACAAAAUGUUCUUGGUCGCCGCGGCUACCGCAUUGUAAUCAAAGGCCAUGCGUAUAACACGUGGAAAGCAUUGCUUUACUACCUCUACACCGGCGACAUCCACUUUCGCAAGAUCAAGGCGGGGAAUGGCCAUUCUCCCACAGCCAAACGCGACGACGGUGCCCCAGAAUGCUCCCCGAAAUCCAUGUACAAGCUCGCAGAAAAACAUGGCCUCGAGGACCUCAAAGCCCGCGCGCUCGAGUCGAUCCGCUCUCAAAUGUCGGUGGACACCAUCGUCCACGAGGCGUUCUCUAACUUCACCGCGAUGUUCGACGAAGUCAAAGCCAUGCAAGUCGGCUUCUUGCGGAAACAUCUACGCGACGCGGCGGUCCGCGAGAGCCUGACGGGCAUGUUGCUCCAUCUGUGUGACGGCCGCGGGUCGUCUGCCUCCGCUGCCGUGCUGCAGGACGUCAUUUACGGUGUGGAAGAUGGUUUCUCCUCUGAAUACUAG